AUGGAAUCAUUAAAAAAUUUGGCACUCAAGGCAGUUUCUAAAAGAGUUAAGACAUUAGAAUGUGAUAACAAGACGUUAUUUGAGGAAUGCAAGAAAUUAAAGAAAGAACGAAGUGAAACAAAAACAAUGUUUUUCAAUUUCGCUACAAAACAAGAUGAGAAAACAAAGCGUAUAAUGGAACUCGCUAACAUUGACCCGAAUCAAAAUCAGAACGAAAUGGAUUAAAAUUUUGGUUUUGGA